AUGGAUCAUGUUUCAACUACUAAAACUUUGAUUCAUGUUUUGAGAGAGCAAGGGUUUGAUAUUUUACACAGUUGCGUGGAAGAAGUUUCUACAAAGUAUGACAUUGAGAUACCUCAGAUGGAAGCUCGUUAUAAAUCUAGUAGAAGUCGUUAUUGUCGACAAAAGGAUUCAAUUACAGUUAAGCAUCACUAUCAAUUUGAUGUAUUUAUUGCUGCAAUAGAUUUUCAAAUUGAAGAGCUCAAUAAUAGAUUCAAGGACGAGGUAGUCGAACUUCUUAAGCUCAGUGGUACUUUGGAACCUAAAGACAACUUUAAACUUCUUAAUGUUGAUCACAUCUAUCAACUUUCUGAGAAAUUCUAUCAUCUAGAUUUUGAUGCACAAGAUUUGCACCACUUGAGAACACAAUUGGCUCACUAUGAGCUUGACAUGCCCGUCAAUGAAAGAUUUCUGAAUUUAUCAACUAUUUCUGAAUUAUGUCGAAGAUUAGUUGAGACAAAUAAGUCAAAAACCUACAAUUUGAUUGAUAAGUAA